CCAGAGCUCUCAUGUUAAAAUGAUUCCAUGUGGACCACUCUUAAAUAAAAACGAGAAACACGAGAAACUGGUCAUGUUCACCAAUCAGUCAGAAGAUUCUGAAAGGUGUGAGAGCGCGGAGCUGGAUAAUAAGAUCCUCGGUCUGAUCGAGAGGAACACUUCCGAUCCCAGAGGGGUCAGCCCGGCGGCCACGUCGAGUCACAGAAACCCCUGUUCUGUGAAGCCUCCAGGAAAAACAGCUUCUGUGGCACAUUUCUUACAGAGCACAGCUAGAAUGAGCAGUGCAGAAAGUUCUACGGAUCGUGCAGAGUGUGCUCAAUCGUCAAGAAGAAAGAACCUAAAUUCUCUUGAACAAAAGAUAAGAUGUCUGGAAAAGCAGAGAAAAGAGCUCCUGGAAGUUAACCAGCAAUGGGAUCAGCAAUUUAGAAGCAUGAAAGAGUUAUAUGAAAGAAAGGUCGCAGAGCUGAAAUCGAAACUGGAUUCCGCAGAAAGAUUCCUGGGAACACUGGAGAAGGAGCGGCUGCAGAGCCCGAGCGAGAGCAGCCGGCCGCGCUGCUGGACCAGCGAGUCGCUGCGGCGUGCGGAGAAGGAAAAGGAGAGCCUAAAUGGAGAAUUACAUGAAUUGAAGAUAGAGAAUAACCUUUUGAAGGAAAAAAAUGCUCUCAUGAACCACAAGAAGCAACAUUAUGAAUGUGAAAUAAAACGCCUCAAUAAGGCUCUGCAGGAUGCCUUGAGAAUGGAGUGCUCUCCGUCUCUUGAGGACUGUUCGGGGAAGUCUGAAGUGGAGUGCAGCCGCGAGGAGAUGCAAACAGAAAUGGAAGUUCUCAAACAGCAGGUGCAAAUAUAUGAAGAAGACUUCAAAAAGGAGCGAUCAGACCGAGAAAGACUUAAUCAAGAAAAAGAGGAGCUACAGCAAAUUAUUCAGACUUCUCAAUCCCAGUUGAACAGGCUGAAUUCUCAGAUAAAAGCUUGUCAGAUGGAGAAAGAAAAACUAGAGGGGCAAGUAAAACAGAUGUAUUUCCCAACCUGUAACUGCGGCUGGAAUUUCCACCUGAGGAAUCCAUACCUACUGAUGGGCCCUGGGACUGUGCAGGACCCACAGAAGCACCCACCAGACUACCAGUGGUAUGCCCCUGACCAGUUUCCGCCAGAUGUGCAGCACAAGGCAAAUGGUCUCCCCUCAGAAAAGAAAGCCAGUCAGUAGAUGCGCACACCGGCAGAGGGGCACACAGGCCGGGGAGAGCUUGGCGGAGGGCCCUCUCCCCCUGCUUGCUGGGGCUCCUGUCUCCACCGCUACACACCCCGCCUUCACUACGGGUGCCCAGGCAUGGCUCCCCUUGGCAGGAAUGGAGGACGAGGCUGAGACAGCUGAGAUCCUGAUCGAGUCCAAGGAGCCAGAAUUUACAGCCUAUCACAACUUCCAGUUUCCUGGAAAUGAGAUCAGGCUGAUGAAUUAUGGGUGAUGCCUCGAAACUCUGUUCAGCAUAUUGCUGUUGGACUUUCAGAAAUGAUUUCAUGAUUUCAGCAACUCCAUUUGUGAUGCAGUGAUAUUGUGUGUUGAUUUAAAUGUGUUCCCUAGGGGAAAAGUUUCUGCAGUUAUGAAAUUUUAACACUGCUCCCAUUGUUUUUAUAGGGGCUUAGGUCUUUAGCCAGUUUAUCUAGAUGCUAAUUUCAUGAUUGUUCACCUCAGAGAACCAAUAAACAGAGUUGAAGAGGUGUAUCUACUUUCUUAAAUGGAUUCAACCUAAAGAAAAUAGUAAAUUUGAAACUAUAAACACAAAUCAUUUCUUUAAGAUGAGAAAUUGUAAGCCUACUUCAUUUUUAGGUGGACUAGAUUAUGAAAGAUAAAAUCCUAAUGUGAUGGUGAUGGCUUUGCUGUGUACAUAUGUAUUUAGAGAAGUUCAAAAAUACAUGAAUUUGCAGUCAAAUCUGUUUUCCUUCCUGUGUAU